AUGGAUGAAAAUAAGAAUCAUGAAUUCCAAGAAGCAGCAGAAGAAGGAUCAGCAAUGGAGAAAGUAUAUAUAGCUGUAGGAAAUGAUUUGCAAGAAGGUUUCAAGACGAUCGAUUGGGCUCUAAAGAAAUGGAACAACAUACCUAUCUCCAUUGUUCUUCUCCAUCUCUGCAACAUUUCACAAGAUUUUGUCUACACCCCUUUUGGGAAGCUUCCAGCGAGCUCUGUGAGCGAGGAAAAGCUUGAAGUACUCAGAAAAUACGAGGAUCAAAAGAGCAACAAACUCUUGUCCCAAUACGUUACUUUUUGUGCAAAGUUACAGGUGAAAGCAGAGUUACUCAAAGUCGAGAAGCAAGAUGAUUCAAUUCAAGUGCUAAUAUUAGAUUUGAUCUCAAAGCUUAGAAUCACAAAACUCGUCAUGGGAAUCACUUUCAUGAGAUCUUCAUCUUCCCGGAAAUCGAAGAGUGCCAUAAGCGGAUCGUUCUAUGUAUACCAAAACAAACCAGAGUUUUGCGAGUUUUAUAUAAUUUGUGGAGGCAAAAUGGUUUCGCUAAAGAGAGAGAGCGAUGCGAACAACAUCAACAAUAGCAAUAUCAGAAGCUGGAUUGGGAAAAUGUUCUAUGAUCCGGGAAGAAAUCUUGACCGUUCAUCUGCCAACAGUGAUGAUCCAUCGGCUAGUGGGAGUCCAUGGGAUAAGCAUUUGCUGGAGUUGGAGAAUUAUUUCCAGCAAUUAUUGAGUCUAAAUCUCGAAGAAGACGAAAACGGUGUCGAAGCAGAAGAAGAAGAUGACGUGGCACUAGACGUGCUGCAACAUAUGAACGUAGCAGAGAAGUUAGAGUAUGUGAGAAGGAAGGUGAAUGAAGCUAAGCUGAUGAUAGAGGAGAAUAAGAAAGAAGUCAAAGUCAACGCUGAGAGAUCCGACAAAGCUGAAUGGGCAAUCUCUUUAUGCAAUUGCAGAAUUGAAGAGCUUGAAGCUGGGAUUAAAGAAGAGAGCGAGAGACGAGAGAAGCUUCAAGAGAUGUUAGAGUCUGAUAAACAAUGUAUCGAAGAAUCAGAGAAAGAUGUCGAGAAAGGAAAAACAGAGCUAAUUUCGCUUGGAGAGCUUCGAGAAGAGCUCUCAAGCAAGGUUAAGACAAUGAUGGAGGCUAAAUCGCAGGCGGAAGCGGAGCUAGAGAGGGUUGUGUCAAAGAAAGGAGAGACGAUGAUGGAGAUUGAGAAGCUUCGGAAUCAAAGAGAUGUUUUCAACCUCCGGAUCGAGUUUUGCAAGGAGAAAGAAGCAAGAGGGUUGGAUUCAAAGGAAGAAGAAGUGAAGUGUGGGUAUAGAGAGUAUGUUGCAGAGGAUAUCAGAUUGGCUACUGAGAGUUGUUCCGAUCGGCUGAGGUUGAAAUCCGGCGGUAACUGGACGAAUGUGUACAGAGGAAGGAUCAAACAUACGACUAUGGCUGUGAAAGUGAUUGGCGACUCUCUAUCAGACGAGGAUUUUGGAGCAAAAGUCAAGCUUUUGAAUGAGAUUAGGCAUCCUAAUCUGGUAGCAAUUGCUGGUUUUUCUGCGGAGAAGCCUAAAUGCAUACUCUUUGAGUAUAUGCAUAGUGGGAACUUGAGGGAUAACCUAUUCACAUCGCAGAGGAAAUCAAGAAGAAGCAAGAUACUGAAAUGGCACGAUAGGAUUCGUAUAGCUCACCAGGUUUGCUCUGGACUCGGGUUUCUCCACUCGGUUAAGCCUAAACCGAUUGUCCAUGGUCGCCUCACGCCGUCUAAGAUCCUCUUGGACCGUAACCUCGUGCCGAAGAUAACCGGGUUUGGACUGAUCAUGCAUAGUGAUCAUCAGUCUGAUACGAAACCUGACGUGAUGGCCUUUGGUGUUUUGCUGCUGCAUCUUCUAACCGGGAGGAACUGGCCCGGUUUGCUCAAGGCGAUGUCGAUGAACCAGACGAGUAUCAUCAGGGAUUUGGAUCAGACGGCUGGUAAGUGGCCGUUGGAGUUAGCUAAGGAGUUUGGUGCACUUGCGGUGAAAUGUUCUUCGGUUAACAGAGGAGUGAACAUGGAUUUUUCAACCAGAGAGAUCAUGGAAGAGCUUGGGAAGAUAAGGGCCAAAGCUGAUGAGUUUAGAAUCAUAGGAGGGUACGAGGAAGCAACCAAUUCAAACAUGGAAGAAGGAGAUCCGAAUGACAUACCGAGUGUUUUCAUGUGCCCCAUACUUCAGGAGGUGAUGAAGAAUCCACAUAUUGCAGCAGAUGGGUUUUCGUAUGAGCUUGAAGCAAUAGAGGAAUGGCUAAGCAUGGGGCAUGACACAUCUCCUAUGACAAAUCUGAGACUGGACUAUCAGAUUCUAACACCAAAUCAUACUCUUCGUUCUCUAAUCCAAGAUUGGCAUAGCAAAAGAGCACUACAAGCUUCCUCCUAG